GAGAGCGCUGCAUGGCUGAUGUGCAUCCAGGGAGCGCUUGCAAAAGGUGGCGGCAGGCGCAGGCGGCUAUUCCACCCCCCCUCCCCAGCGAUGCACCCCCUCUCGCCUGGCUGGUGGUUCUUCUUGCUCUGCUUUCCCCUCCUUGCUCGCAGCCUACGCAUCCAAGAAUAUCUCUAUUUCCAAGUGCUGAGCCCUGGCGAUAUCCGCUACAUCUUCACUGCAACACCAGCGAAGGAUUUUGGAGGGGUGCUUAACACAAGAUACCAGCAGAUCUAUCUGGUCCCGGCAGACCCUCCGGAGGCUUGUGGGGCUUUAAACAACGGUGUCUUCAUCGAAGGCCAGAUCGCCUUGGUGGAGCGCGGGGGCUGCUCGUUCUUGUCCAAAACCCGCAUCGUUCAAGAACUCGGGGGCCUUGCAGUGAUCAUCGCCGACAACGCCUAUGACAACGACAGCUCCUAUGUGGAGAUGAUCCAAGACAACACCAGGCGGACAGCAGACAUCCCUGCUCUCUUCCUGCUCGGGAGAGAUGGAUACAUGAUCCGGCGAUCCUUGGAGCAGCACGGGCUCCCCUGGGCCGUCAUCUCCAUCCCUGUCAACAUCACCAGCAUCCCCACUUACGAACUCAUGCAGCCCCCGUGGACCUUUUGGUAGCUGAGAGCAAAAGAGACGAAGGAUGCUUCAGUGAGGGGGGGGGGGAAUGGAGACCGUCCAACUGACUGAGACGGCGCCAUGGAGCUUGGCUGGACCCUUUCGGUCUCCAUCAUGCAAACGUGCUGGAUGGAUGAGCUACAACUGGGGCUCACAACCUUGCCAGCUGGGCAUUAGCUUGGCUCAUUGAAGUGUCGGAGCCAUACUUUGGGAUAGUUCCCUGUUGCAGGUUGAAGGGGCUACCCACAAUGACUUGGCCCUGUGGGCUGCUUAAGGUGUAUAGUGCUGGCUACCCUGACUGGCUGCAGCUCUCCACGGUCGCACGUGGAAGUCAGUCCCUGAUAUGCGGCUUUAAUUCAGGGGUUGUCAACAUGGUGCCUCUGGGCGCCAGUGCCCCUGCCAGUAACUCCUACAAAAGGUCUUAGCAAUGGUACCCUCAAAAAUCCACAAAGCACAAGAGACUGCUUGCUGUACCUGCUCAGUUCCUGUUUGCGCUGCCCCGGCCUUUUCUACACUGACUACACCCCCUUAAAUAUGCCCAGAUUGGGUGCCAGGAUUGGACACCCUCACCCCCGUCCAUUCUGAGCCACGGAGAGGUGCAAGGGGCUUUUCUCUGUGACUGAGCACAGCAGUGGCCUUUUUACGUUGAUGGGCAUGCCCGCACAAUUUUGUGGCCAUCUUUUUUAUAGACAUGACAGCCAUUUUGUUAUGUCACACACACCUACACACACCUGGGAACCGUUUUGUGUUAUGCCACGCCCCAUGGUAGCCAUCUUCUGACUGGCACCCACGGGACUUUCUCAGAAUUCCAAAUGUGCCAACUGGCCCCGCAAGGCUGGCACCCCCUGCUUUGACCGGAGGAGGAAAUGGCUGACGCGGAGAGCUUUGGCUCACAGAGCACAUGUGGCUCCCCUGGUUUGUGGGCUAGGGCCCACAGUAUUUCCCUGGAUCCCCAAGGACCCCCUCUCCUGAAAGAAGGGUUGGAAGAAUCAUUCUUCUAUAGCCAACAAAACAGGUUGCAGGAUGUGUUUGGCUGCUUUGGGUGGGUGGGUGGUGCACACAACAGUUUCUCUGGUUUGCAAAAUGUGUCAAGGGCCUUGUUGUAGGCACAAUAUAGCUCAAGAGGCCCCAGCCUUGCUUUAGGCCUGGGGCUACAUUUAAGAAAACCCAUUUCACAGAAAGAAAAAUUGCGAUGCUCAGAAUGUCCCUCGUCCCCCCCAAAAAAGCCCACAAACCCAAAACAAAUAAAAUGAAGACCAAAAUAAAGCAGGCAACCCCCUGCCAAAAGAACAACCAAACCACCCCCAACCAACCAAAACAAAACAUCCCCCCAAACAGACACUACCCCCCCCAAACACAUCUGGGUCACAGACGCACUGUGGAGGAGGGGGGGGUCCUACACUUUGCAUUCCCGCCAGCCUUGCGUCACCUAUGGUUGAAGAAAAAAACCCCUCAAACUUAAAAAAAAAAAAGAAAUAAAUGGGAGGGGUGAGGGGUCUUGGCAGGCACCAGCAAGCGGGGAGGGACUGAGGGCACCAUGUUCUCAAGUCCAAGGGAAUAAUGGGGAUAACCUUUUCGGAAGGGAUAUUGACUCCAUCUCAUGAAGAGCUGAGGUAAGGUCAUCAGAAAGGCCCUACAGCUAGGUCAGGCCAGUGGCCCAUCUAGUCCAGCCGCCUGUUCUCACAGUGGCCAAGCAGGUGGCCAUUACGGAAAUCCCACAUGCAGGACCAGAGUGCCACAGCAGCCCUCCCCACUCGUGAUUCCCAGCAACUGAUAUACUGCUUCUGACAGCAGAAGAACGUAGCAAUGAUUAGUGCUGCCUUCCCUAACUAGGGUGCGUUUCCCUAACUAGCUGCAGCUUCUUAAAAAAAGAAAACAACCAUCCAGUUUUUGGCUUGUAGGACUUAUCAGACAGUGCCCUUGUUUAUUUUUUCUCAAUGAACAGUGAGGGCUAGAAACUUGCUUUAAAAAGAAAACUGGGACACUUGCAUCCCAUUAAAAUGCAGCUCUCUGCUUUUGCAGUUAUGCCCUGCCCCAGUUCAUGGUCUGUUUGGUGGAGGGGGCAACUCCCACGCACCACAGUGAUGAUCUUGCAAAACCAGCUUCUUCGCACUC